UGUCUCGAAUCCAAGAGCUUCUUCAUCAUCAUUGUGCUUCAGAGUUACCAAUAGCAUCAUCACCGCGUGAUUCUUUCUCCUGCAGAAUUAAAAUAAUUUAAUUUAAUCAAACGGUCCCAUCCCAUUUUCCAAAGGGUGUUUAAAAGUCUCAACCAAGUCCAUUUUCUUUGGCGGUUGCGGUUUCAACUUCGAUUUUCCUCUGACUCUGUCAAAACGUGAACCCAGUCGUGGGUUUUUAUAAAGCCACAGGUAAUGUUCCUUUCUUUGUUUUUCUUUUGGAGAAGAUAUCAUUAUAGUUAUUAGCACAAGAAUCUUUGUUUUUCUAAGUUCUCAGAUCAAAGCCCUGUUGACGAUUCGGAAUUGCUUGCUUUUUGUUUCAGAGUUAGUUUCUAUUUGAUUAUGUUGGGGGAUUUCCUUACAAGGUGUCUUAUAUUGCUUCUGGGGUAUGCAUAUCCUGGAUUUGAAUGCUACAAAACUGUGGAGAAGAACAGGGUUGACAACGAGGAACUUCGAUUCUGGUGCCAAUACUGGAUCAUUGUUGCAAUGUUUACUGUGCUGGAAAAACUUGCAGAUGUAGUUGUUGGAUGGUUUCCAUUGUACGAUGAGUUGAAGCUUGCACUUUUUAUCUACCUAUGGUAUCCUAAGACUAAGGGAACGGGAUAUGUGUAUAAUUUUGUGUUGCGGCCUUAUGUGUCAAGACAUGAAAACGACAUUGACAAAACAUUUCAAGAAUGGAGAGUUAGGGCAUGGAAUUUGGCCAUUUUUUACUGGAAAAACUGCACUGAAUUGGGGCAAACUGCAUUUUGGCAGGUUCUCGACUACUUGGCUGGCCAAUCGGCUAAAUUUUCCGGCAAACCCGACACUAAAAAGAAUAAGAAAAGGGGUAAUGAGAUUGCAGCUCCAAGUGCACCACCAUUGCCUUCAUUGCGUGAGGCUCUAUUUGAAAACGGCAACAUGAAUGGCUCAGGUUCAGGGCACAGCAAAUUAACGCGCCGUAAUGUUUCGGACGCGCCCAAUGCCAGGCCAGUGAAUUUCCAUUUAGAUCCCCAAACGGGUUUCUUGCAUGAGGAGGAGCCAUGGGGGCCUGAAGAAAAUGACAAACCCGGUGGAGUCUUCGAGAAGCUACGACGCUUGCGUAAGAGUUAGACCCUAAAAAAAGCCAACACUAGGGAAUAUUACAGAAGCUUCAAACGAAAACUGGGAAGGGUAAGCCCAAAAAGCCCAUCAGUCUAGAACUGUAACCCCGUGUACAUACCUCACUCACAUUAAGCCCAGCACAAAGGGAAAUUGGAAUUAACAACUUAUAGCAUUCACAUUCAUGUAAUGUCUCGUUGUAACAUAUGUACUGAAUAGAUUGUUUCUUCUUUUCUUUCUUU